UUCACCAGUGUAUCUCGUAUCGUCUAAUAACGGUUGUGUCAUUCGCGUUGUGAGAAUUAUGGUGAAUUUGGCGGGAAAGUUUAGUGUCGCUUUUUAUUUUAUUUUUUUUUAAAUAUGGCCCAGUUAACGUUAUUAAAAAGGAUAUUCAAGCAAAUUCGUGAAAUGCGGCAAGCACGGAUACGUAAUGCCUGGAUCUUUCAAGAAGCACGCGGAAGCAAUAUACAACAUGGAAGUGCGACCUGAUGAUAUAUGGGUUAUCACCUUUCCAAGAUCAGGUACAACGUGGACUCAGGAGUUGAUAUGGUUACUAAUGAAUGAUUUGGACUACAGCACAGCUAAAAGCAUACCUUUAUACGAAAGGUUUCCAAUGCUAGAGAUCACAGCAAAAAUACCAGAUAUAGCAUUCGAGCUGAUCAAGACAAACUUUAUGAAUUUAGGAAAUUUCCAAGGUCUAGGUGCCGCCGCUAGGUGUCCAAGUUGGAAGAUAAUAGAGAACGCACCGUCGCCUCGAUUCAUCAAGACCCACCUGCCUCUAUCACUUUUACCACCCAAACUGUUGAGCACGGCCAAGGUGGUAUACGUUGGCCGCGAUCCUAGAGACGUGGCGGUGUCGUAUUACUAUCUCCACAAAAUGGUCGCCAAAUCGUUGUUGAGAACUGGAUUUCCGACAUUUUGGGAGGCGUUCCGAAGAGAUUUAUUACCAUGGACACCUAUCGUAUCUCAUACAAAUGAGGCAUGGACAAAGAGGCACGAGCCCAAUUUACAUUUUGUAUUCUAUGAAGACAUGAUUAAGGAUUUGCCGAAACAGAUUCGCAAAAUGUGCAAGUUCUUAGGGAAGGAGUACACAGAGGAGCAAAUCAAACAGUUGUCCGAACACCUCAGUUUUGAAAGUUUAAGAAAAAAUAAGAGCGUUAACAAUACAACUGGAGACGCUGUGAACGGCGUUCAAUUUGUAAGAAAAGGUGAAGCUGGCGGUUGGAAGACACACUUCGAUCAGAAAAUGGAAAUUCAAGCCGAAGAAUUCUUAGUGUCAAGGUUAAGAGGCCUCGAUUUGGUGUAUCCAUCUUUUUCGAUGGAAGAAACAACACAUUUAUAAAAAAAAAAAAAACAGUACCUUAUAAUUUAAAAGUUUAAUUUACUCAUUGAUAUUGUGGAUCAAAUUCACAACACAUUGUGUUCCUAGUUUAUAUUGUUGUAAAUUGCUCGUUUCAACAAUCUUGUAAUUAUUUGUUGAAAACGAGAAUUUGUUAUAAAGAGAAACAUGAGUACAUUAAGCUCAGUAAAUCUGUGUGUAUAAAUCGAAUUUUAGGUUCAUCACAAAGUCAACAUUCGAGAAAUGUAUGUGACUACUCCCUCUGUGAUUAUAAGCGUGUAUAUAUUUUAGAAAUUAAAGUAGUAUAAAGACUUUUAUAAAAAGAAAGUUGGUGUUCUGUAACCAUAAUAUUACAAUCAAAAUAUGGUUAUUUUGAUUUAGCACAUUAAAACUGUUUAUUUUUAUUUGAAAACUAAACUACUGAUCCGAUUUUGAUAAAAUUUCUGUGGGAUCAAUUUAAGUAUAUCCUUUCAGAUAAAAAGGAUUUUCCAAAUCGGACUGAGUUACCAUAAAUCGGAUAGUAACCAUAAAAAGAAAUACAACCGAAUCGAGAACCUUUGAGAAUAUUUGAAAUUGGUUAAAAAAACAUGUAAAUUUAUUUUCUUGUCAUUUUACGAUUAUAUAUAUUUAUAUAGUUAUAUUUAAUAAUAUUUAUUAUUUAUAUUUGUAUCUUUAAUGGUUUAGUCGCAUAAGUGUGCCGCUUUCAACGUAAUACGAGGCAAUAACGAAUCUUGUACUAAAUGCAUUCUGUACGAUUAUUUACACGUAACGUAAAUGUGUGCGUACGUAUAAAUUUUUUUUGGAAUUAUACUAAUUGCUUUUUAUUAUAAUAUUCAUUUGCUAGUUUUAUAAUUUAACAUAGUACGGUAGGAUAUCGUAUGAUUUUAUCGUCACGAUAUAAUAGAAAGGCUAAAUUGUGUGCUUCAAAUUUUCCGCGAUGAUAUCGUGGACAUGCGCGGACAUUUAAAAGCAUCUCCGCGGUUCUUUUAGGAUAAAUUCCGAAUUUUAGAUUUAUUACAUGUCUAGUGCACUUUAGGAAGCACUAGUUCUUUAGUCUUGUAGCAUUGACAAGAUAAAACUAUGCGAUAAAACCUUUCAGAUGAUAAAAUAUGUAUAUACAGAUAUAACGAAAUUACGGGUCUUAUGAGUAGUGGAGAUAACACGGAUUCGGUUAUCUGUAACGCACGUAAUUCUUUUAUGUAUAUGGCUGAUAUUUUAACCAACUACCAAGAAAGAAGGUAAUGUUUUUUUAAUUUUGGUCAACCCAUCUUAGAUUCGUCUUAGUUAUUUUGUAUUUGCUUGUGGUUAAUUUUAUACAAUUUAAAGGUAAUUAGAUAACCAACUAUACAAUAAUAAUAAUUAAAUAAUGUGUACUAUUAUAAUAUAGUACGCCACGAUAUCGUACGAUUUAUCAUCAUGAUAUAAUAACAGAAUAUUUUAAAACCCAAUUUUAAGGCCCUACACUUAAUUGGUGUGAAAUUAGAAACACCUUUAACGAAUACAAUAUUUAUUAAAAAAAAAGGUUGUUAUAUGAAAAAAAGAAAUUACCACUUCUUGCUAACUGGCACUUCCUUGCUCUGGUGGAAGAAGUGGUUCGAAAAGGCCGUCGAUCAGCAGGAAUUGAAUAAAGAACGUCGCGAUAACGUGACUGGUUAAAGGAAAACUGUCUUCAGCUAAUUGUAAGAGUUGAUAAAUGGGAGGAUUUUUAAACCUGAAACUUCUUAUAUUGGCUUUAGCUAAAAUAAAAAAAACCUAUCUCCGAACUAAUUUAUAAAAAAGGGGCAUUUUGUACGCCUAAUUUAGUUACUAGGAUAUUUAUUACCUGGACACAAAUAAUUUUCUUUUUUAUGCAAUAAAUUUAUAAUUUCAUUUGUUCUCGAAUCUUGUUCCUGAUUUCGAAAAUGAAUAAAAUUAUUCAUAUGAUAAAAUGAAUAGCAAUAAAUAGAAACAAUAUGGAGACAUUUUUCAUAUUUGACGAUAAUUGCAUAUAUUUUGUUCUGCUAUUAUAUCGUGACGAUAAAAUCCACGAUAAUAUAUACGGUAAAUUAUAAAAGAGGCAAUUCUUCAGCGCAGAUAGGGAACUAUUGUGAUUGUUUGAUUAUAAAAUUGUAUAUUUUAAUUUAUUUACGAAUUUUGUUAGUACAGUGAUUUAAUACGUUGCCUUACCUUCUGACAGUCGUGGGUUCAAUACCCAUGCAACACAAACUUUUGUAUUCAAAAGUAGGUCUGUUUGUAUUAGUCUGAGCGUUGUCUAUGUAUCAUCAUCAUCAUCAUCAUCAUCAUCAUCAUCAUCAUCAUUAUAUCUAUGUAUAAUAUGUAUAUAUUUAUAAAAAAGUAUAUAAGCGUGUUUAUAAUUUGUUUAGAAUACAAAUUCUUCUUAGUUUGUUAUUAGAUGGCGCUGUGUUAUCAAAUAUUUUCGUUGAACAAAUUGUACAAUUUCGUUUAUUUAAAUUUAAUUUUAUAAUAAUAAAAGACAUGUUAUUAACAUGUUUAAAAUUAGCCUUUAUAAGGCAUUAUAGAAGUUAAGUCUUUUAGUUAAAUUAAGUAUAUAAAAUUAGGUUAGAUUAUUAAGAAUGUUAUCGUAAAUUAAUAGGAUCACGCCAUCCAAAUGAAUAAUUAUAAAAUAUUAUUAUUUUGUGAUAUAAAUCAUAAUUUAUAUUGUAACAUAGUUUUAUCUUUUUUUUUUACAACACAAGGGACAAAUGAGCAUGCGACUCACCUAAUGGUAAGUGAGUACCGCCGCCCAUGAUCACCCACAACACCAACGUUGUGGUGGAGGACCACCACUCGUCCAGAUGGUUGGGGUGAAACUUUAGUUUAUGACAGGUUGUACGAUGGUGAAAAUCAGCAGCAGGUAUCAAUCCGAAUAAUUCCUUAGAGCAUUCCUCAUGAUAAAUUCAGUAGAUGAUGUAUAGAGAUGCAACAUCUCUACACAGUUUCAAUGAGUUCAUUAUUAGUUGGUUUUUUCUUUACCUAUUCCAAUAAUGAAGUACUGCGUUCGUGAUUUUUUAUUCAUCCCAAAGGUUGACUGGUAGAGAAUGCUGCUAGCAUUAAGUCCACCUUUUGUACCUUAUUUUAUUAUAGUCAAUAAAGUUAUUUAAAUAAAUAAAUAAAAUAUAGACCAGAUUGUAAGUUAGACCUUUAGAAAUACAAUUGUGAAAACUUCAUUCAGGAGUUUUUGCGUGAUAUUCGAACAAACAUACGGAAAGACAAAGACAAAAUUUCAUAAAAUAUUAUUUUGCUUCUAUUGUCUUUAUUAAGAACUCUGAUAUAAUUUUCUUCUCAAAUAUCUCCCAUGUAAUGGGAGACAGGCGUGACAAAUAUGUAUGUAUGUUAAUGAAUGAAUGAGUAUACUUUAUUUGCAUUAUACAAUAUAGGAAAUAAGCAAGACAAUUUACAAACACAACGAUACAAUUGUAUAAGUUUAUUAAGUAAGUUAUUGUUAUUAUAUUUGUUUAAUUAGUAAGGUAAGAUUAAAGUAAGAUAAAAGUCCAUAUUGUAAUUUCAAUCAAAAAUAGUUACAAAGUAUUUUUUAAAUAAUUUCAUCCUUAUAUUUAGAACGAAGAAUAAAAUGUAAAAAAAUGAUAAAUUUAAAAAGAUAUUUUUGACGUAGAACAAAAUAUGAAUAGGAUAAAAUUAUUUAUUAAAUCUGUAUAAAUUAUAUUCUAAUCUUAAUAUUAUAAUAUUUAUGUAACCUUAAGUUCCUAUGUGAUAAAUAAUAAAUAACCUAAAUUGUUCAAAUGUUGCAACUGUAAAAAAUACUUUAAGAUAAACAGAUAAUAAAUUAUUUAUUUUUACA